GUGGAGUGACGCGUCUUACUCGAGGGAAGAGAGCGCGAGAGAGCGAGCGCGCGCGCGACAGAGAGAAGUUCAGAGUUACCUCAGAGUCGUUUCAUGGACGGGGGAAGAAAAAGUUGUUAAAAAAAACUCAAUUUUUAUGGAUUUACCCGCUCGAACCGGAGACCGUGAGAACGAAUGAGGGGUUCGACGCGAUUUCAGACUCGGUUUUUUUAACGUUUCUGUAGCAACAAGUUGAAAAUUAGGUGAUUUUCUUCUCUCACCACCACCCCCUCCCGCGCCGUUUGCCGAGUUAAACGUAAGUCUUUGAGGUAAAGCUCGCCUCGCGCUCGCUCGCUCGCGACGCUUAUGAGGAUUUCUCACAGAAAAAUAUGGGCCGAUUUCCCGGUGUCUCUUCGGGCAGAGUCAUCUUCUUCAUCGUUUCCUGGAUUCAUCUUUCACAUACGCUGCAGUGCGUGGAUCACGUGAAUCCGUGCGUGAACAAUGCCAGCUGUGUCAAGUACGAGAACGGAACGGAAUACUGCAGGUGUCCUCCGGGUUACCUGGGUGAGUACUGCCACCAUAAGGACCUGUGCCAGCCGGAUUACUGUGUGAAUGGAGGGAGCUGUAGGAUGGCGAGCAGCGGGCCGCCCAGUGGCCCCGAGUGUGUGUGUCCACUCGGGUUCUCCGGCUCGCGCUGCGAAGUGCAGAACGACUCUCCCUGUUACCCCAAGAACCCCUGCAGCAACGGGGGCAUCUGCUCCCUCCUGCCCAAUGACCGAUACACCUGCCAGUGUUCACCUGGAUGGACAGGUGAGCGAUGUGACCUAGUGAACAGCUGCGUCUCCUCUCCGUGCUCCAAUGGCGGAACGUGUGCGUCUCUUCGUGACGGAACGUUCUCCUGCAGGUGUCCUCCCGGGUACAGCGGGCCCCGCUGCCUGAAGGACGUGGACGAGUGCACGCGCGAGCCGUCCCCGUGCCGUAACGCCGGCGAGUGCGUGAACGUCCCCGGCUCGUACCGCUGCAACUGCGCCGCCGGGUUCACGGGCUCCAACUGCGAGAAGUUGUACAUGCCGUGUUCUCCGUCACCCUGCAUGAACGGCGGAACCUGCAGACAGACAUCCGAGACCAGCUACUGGUGCCACUGUCUUCCAGGUUUUAACGGCACGAACUGCGAGGUGAAUAUCGACGACUGUCCGGAUCAUCAGUGUCAGAACGGAGGAACCUGCAUGGACGGAGUGAACACCUACAACUGCCAGUGUCCGCCCGAGUGGACCGGUCAGUUUUGCACGGACGACGUGGACGAGUGUCGCCUGCAGCCCAACACCUGUCAGAACGGUGGCACGUGCAGCAACACGCCCGGCGGCUACACCUGCGUCUGCGUGAACGGCUGGAGCGGCCUGGACUGCUCGGAGAACAUCGACGACUGCGCUGCCGGACCCUGCUCAGCCGGGUCUACCUGCCUCGACCGCGUCGCGUCCUUCUUCUGCAGCUGCCCCUUCGGCAAGACCGGUUUGCUGUGUCACAUUGAUGAUGCGUGCAUUAGUAACCCGUGCAGGGCGGGCUCUCAGUGCGACACCAAUCCGGUGAACGGCAAAUUCAACUGCAACUGUCCGUCGGGAUACAUCGGCAACACCUGCAACGACGACAUCAACGAGUGCAUCAUCCCUCGGGCGAACCCGUGUGAGCACGGCGGCACGUGCGAGAACACGGAGGGCUCCUUCAUCUGUAACUGCGCACGCGGCUACAUGGGACCUCGCUGCGAGCAGGAUGUGAACGAGUGCGGCUCGAACCCCUGCCAGAACGACGCCACUUGUCUGGAUCAGAUCGGCGAUUACACCUGCAUCUGCAUGCCAGGUUUUGAAGGAGUCCACUGUGAGAUUGAAGUGGACGAGUGCGCCAGUUCACCCUGCCUCAACAGCGGAAAGUGUCGGGAUCAGGUCAGCGGCUUCGUCUGCGAGUGUCUUCAGGGCUUCACGGGAGAGAUGUGCCAGAUAGACACUGAUGAGUGUGCGAGCACGCCGUGCCACAACGGAGCCAAGUGCAUCGACCAGCCUAACAGCUACGAGUGCGAGUGUGCAGAAGGUUUCACUGGUCCCCUGUGUUCGGAGAACGUGGACGACUGUAACCCGAAGCCCUGCCACUACGGCACGUGUAAGGAUGGCAUCGCCAUGUUCACGUGCGAGUGUUUUCCGGGGUACAUGGGGCAGAUCUGCAGCGAGCAGAUAAACGAGUGUCAGAGCGACCCGUGCCAGAACGGAGGGCGCUGUGUCGACCGCGUCAACGAGUACCAGUGCCAGUGCCAGCCCGGAACCUCUGGUAUGAACUGUGAGAACAACUACGACGACUGCGUCAGUAACCCGUGUCAGCACGGUGUGUGUGAAGAUGGAAUUAACAAGUACAAGUGUGUGUGCGCGCCUGGAUACACAGGCGAGCGGUGUAACGUGGAGAUAGACGAGUGCAGCUCGAACCCGUGUCUCAGUGGAGGGACGUGUGUGGAUAAAGCGAACGGGUUCGAGUGUCAGUGUCCAGCGGGGACUCACGGCCUGCUCUGCCACUCCGGAGCGGACUACUGCGCCCCGCAACCCUGCCGCAAGGGAAAGUGCGAGGAGGUGCAGAACGGGUACCGCUGUGUGUGCUUACCUGGCUACGAGGGUCAGAACUGCGAUCAGGAGAAAAACGAAUGCGAGCCGAACCCCUGUCAGCACGGAACCUGUCUGGACUCUGUCAACAGCUACACCUGCAGGUGCCAGCUUGGCUACACUGGUGUGAAUUGUGAGACAAACAUUAACGAGUGUCAGUCGAACCCCUGUGAGAACAAGGGCACCUGCGUCGAUGGAAUUAACAGCUACACCUGCCGCUGCCCUCUGCCUUACACAGGGAGUCACUGCGAGGAAGAGUUAGUGCCGUGUGCAGCUCAGCCGUGUCAGAGAGGAGGCACGUGUCAGCCGUCGCUGGAUUACACCUCCUACACGUGCAAGUGUCCCAGUGGCUGGCAAGGAGCCCGGUGUACGGAGGACGUGGACGAAUGCAAGAAGAACCCGUGUCUGAACGGAGCUCACUGUCUGAACAAUCAAGGCAGCUACGAGUGCAGAUGCCAGCCCGGGUACAGCGGAGUGAACUGUCAGACUAACAUCGACGACUGCAGCUCCAACCCCUGUAUCAACGGAGGCUCGUGCGUCGACAAAGUGGGCCGGUUCUCGUGCGAGUGCAGGCCGGGUUUCUACGGCGAGCGAUGCGAGAAGGAGGUGAACGAAUGCGAGAGCUCCCCCUGCAGGCACGGAGGAACCUGCACUGACUUUGUCAACAGCUACACGUGCCAGUGUCAGCCCGGCUACGACGGCAUCAACUGCGAACGCAACAUCCCCGAAUGCACCGAGACCUCAUGUCUGAAUAACGGCACGUGCGUGGACGGUAUAAACCAGUUCAUCUGCCGAUGUCGUGCAGGGUUCACCGGCACGUUCUGCCAGUACGAGAUUAACGAGUGUGAAUCGCAGCCGUGCUUAAAUGGAGGCACCUGCACGGAUGGCCUGGGAACCUUCCACUGCACCUGUCCUAUGGAAUACACCGGCCGACUCUGCCGGUCGAUGGCGGAUCUGUGCAGAAACAUCCAGUGUAAGAACGGCGGAGAGUGUGUGCAGCAGGAGACGGCGUGGCGAUGUCGGUGUCCUCAGGACUGGAGCGGCCUCUACUGUGACAUCCCCAACAUCUCGUGCCAAAACGCCGCCAACAAGAAAGGUGUAGCAGUGGAGCAGCUGUGUCUGAACGCCGGAGUGUGUGUAAACAAGGAUAAUACACACUACUGCUCGUGUCAGGUGGGCUGGACUGGCAGCUACUGUGAGAUAGGGAUCGACGAGUGUCUGUCCAGUCCCUGCAGGAACGGAGGGGUGUGUGUGGACUACCAGGGAGGAUACGACUGCCAGUGUAAGCCCGGGUAUCAGGGAGUGAACUGCGAGUACGAUGUGAAUGAGUGUCAGUCGAACCCGUGUCGUCAUGGAGGCACCUGCAUCAACCUGGUGAACCACUUCUACUGCUCCUGCCCACCUGGAACCAAAGGCCAGCAGUGCGAGGAGGACGUCGACGAGUGUGCAGUGGAGUCCGGCCCGCCCUGUUUGAACGGCGGUCGCUGCGUGGACGGUAUCGGUCACUACGAGUGCGUGUGUCCUCCCGGUUUCACCGGCGAGCACUGUGAAGGAGACAUCAACGAGUGCCGCCCGUCUCCGUGCCACAAGUCCGGCAGCCUCGACUGCGUCCAGCUAGCCAACGACUUUCAGUGCCGCUGUCGUCUUGGUUACACCGGUCAUCUUUGUGAGUCGAUGGUUGAUCUUUGUCAGUCGAAACCCUGCCACAACGGAGGCCAGUGCUCCAUGAACAUGAGCUCAGUCCAUGGAUACAGCUGCACCUGUCUACCUGGCUUUACGGGCUCCAACUGUGGCGAGCACGAGGGCUACACCUGCGCCAACCUGCGCUGUCAGAACGGCGGACACUGCCAGACGUCCCCCUCCGGCCGUCUGCAGUGCGUCUGCCCGUCCGGCUUCUCGGGCCCACAGUGCGAGAACGAAAAUCCGUCCUGUUCGUGCCAAAACGGAGGCGUGUGCAUGAAAGACUUGCACAAACCUUACUCGUUCUUUUGCCGCUGCCCGGACGGCUACAGCGGAGAGCACUGCCAGAUCAGAGUCGGUUCCAUGUCCUGCCCUUAUUUGGAGUGUGAGGUUCGCCGCGGCGACAAGGUGUGCGACCCACAGUGUAAGAACGCGGAGUGCGAUUGGGACGGAGGAGACUGCACGCUGCGCCGGCUCCGCCCAUGGGACAACUGCACCGCCUCUGUGUCGUGCUGGAAGUUCUUUCAUAACGGCCGCUGCGACCCCGAGUGUGACAACGCCGGCUGCCUCUUUGACAGCUUCGAGUGCCAGAAGAGCUCGCCGGCCACGCCUGGCGCGUGCAAGUAUGACCGGUACUGCCGCGACCACUACCAGAACGGCCACUGUAACGAGGGCUGUAACACCGAGGCGUGUGGCUGGGACGGGUUAGACUGCUCCACCGACAAGCCGCCUCAGCUGGCGGAGGGCACGCUGGUCAUCGUGGUGCUGCUGCAGCCCACGGAGCUGCUGGGAGAUAUAAAGGGCUUCCUUCGCUCACUGGGCUUGCUGCUUCACACCAACCUGCGCCUCAAGUUCAACGAUCAGCAGGAGCCCAUGGUCUAUCCGUAUUACGGCAACGGACACGACGACUUGCACGCCGGCGCAUCCAACGGGAAACGACUCGGCAAGAGGGAGGUGCCGACGGAGGUUAUUGGGUCGAUGGUGUAUCUGGAGAUCGAUAACCGUCAGUGCACUCAGGCAUCCAGCGAAUGUUUCUCCAACACCGACCUGGCUGCCUCGUACAUCGCGGCCGAAGCCCUCGAAACCAAGCUGCAUUAUCCCCUUUUCUCUGUGGACAGCGUCCCACCCCCUAAAGGGCCUGACCAAUCUCUCCUCUACCUGGUCGCCGUGGCAGCCGCCAUCAUCCUGCUUAUCCUGAUUUUGGGCGUUUUGGUCGCCAAACGUAAACGCAAGCACGGCGUCCUCUGGCUGCCGGACGGCUUCCUGGCCAAGAAGGACAGCAAGCGGAGAGAGCCUGUUGGUCAGGACGACUUCGGCAUGAAGAGCCUGCAGAAGUCACAGAUGGACGGAAGUUCUGGUCAUCACUGGCCCGAGGAGGAACUUCGGCCCAAGAAGCCAAGGUUGGAAGAUAAGCCGUUGUUGGGAGUGGACACAGGAGUGGAUCGUCGUGAGUGGACCCUGCAGCACCGUAAAGCUGCCGAUAUCACCCUCACCCCACCUCAGGCCGAUAUGGACAUGGACUGUCUGGACGUCAACGUGAAAGGACCCGAUGGUUUCACUCCUCUGAUGCUGGCGUCUCUGCGGGGCGGCAGCAGUCCCGAGUGCGUCAGCGUCUUAGCCGAGGAGGAGGAGGAGAGCGGUGCCGACGAGCCAGGCACGAACAUCAUCAGCGACCUGAUCUCCCAGGGUGCUACGCUCAACGCACAGACGGAGCGCACGGGCGAGACGGCUCUCCACCUGGCCGCCCGCUACGCCCGCGCCGACGCCGCCAAGAGGCUGCUGGACGCCGGUGCCGACCCCAACGCUCACGACAACAUGGGCCGCACGCCGCUGCACGCGGCCAUCGCCGCCGACGCACAGGGAGUCUUCCAGAUCCUGAUACGUAAUCGCGCCACGGAGCUGGAUUCCAGGAUGAACGAUGGAACGACUCCUUUAAUCCUGGCAGCCAGAUUGGCCGUGGAGGGCAUGGUGGAGGAGCUGGUGCACUGCCACGCCGAUGCAAAUGCUGUGGACGACCACGGUAAAUCGGCUCUGCAUUGGGCUGCUGCCGUGAACAAUGUGGAGGCCACGCUGGUGCUGCUGAAGAACGGCGCCAAUCGAGACAUGCAGGACAACAAGGAGGAGACGCCGUUGUUCUUGGCGGCGCGCGAAGGCAGUUUCGAGGCGGCUCAGGUCCUCCUGGAUCACUACUCCAACCGUGACAUCACUGAUCACCUGGACCGGUUGCCACGCGAUACGGCUCAGGAACGCAUGCACCACGACAUCGUUCGGCUGCUCGACCAGUACAAUCUCGUGCACAGCCCGCAUUCUGGAUCGAACCAUGUAGGAAACGGUGGGGGUGGACACCCCUCCAUGGUCUGCACCGGUAACGGGGUCAUUGGCAUGCGACAGGGACAACAAAACAAGAAGAACCGGCGUGGCGGCGGAGCCGCCAAACUCACCGGCCCUAAUGGUGCUGGGGGCGGAGUCAAAGAUCUGAAGGAGAUGAAGUCAAAACGGAGGAAGAAACCAGCCGGAGGAGAAGCGACAGGAUUGGCUGCGUCCAGCGGUAACAACAUAGCAACCGUGACCGCUAACACUAACAGCACCAAGGGCGUGACAACCGCCGGCACGGGUGCUCUUUCAGAAAGCUCGGUCACGAUGUCGCCGGUGGAUUCGCUAGAAUCGCCGCAUUCGUACACGACGGAUGCCGCAGGAGCUGCCAACAUGGCCAAAUCACCUCCGCUGAUGACCAGCCCCUCGACCCGCCCCUUCCUGCCUCCCGUCAGCCACAUGCUAGGGCAGCAGCAGAGCUGGGUUGGCGUGGCUAAGCACGGCUACGCCUCCCCCCACAUUUUCAGCCACAUGAUUUCCCACCAGAUGGCGCCGGCACACUCGGGCCUGCCGCAGCACCAUCAUGGCUCGGGGAUCCUGGGGCCCGUGAACGUCUCCGUGAGCCGAGAGCAGCUUCCGUCGAUUGUCACCUUCCAGAUGAUGGCCUCCAGAAACCAGGCACUUCUCAAAUCAAACCAGCAGGGGGCCAUGCAAGCGAGUCAAACCCAGACCCAGGGCCUUAACCACAUGCACUGCGGCCAGGAGAUGAUGUAUCCCAUGCAGGAGCCCGGGCUACAGCACGGCAUCCCACACCUGCAUGGCCACGCCCAUAACAUCGCAGAGCCUCAGGUGAGGCAGCUGACACCGUACCACCAGCAAAUGCAGAGCCCUGUGGAUAAAUACCCGACUCCUCCAUCGCACCGCAGCUACGCCAGCGGCGCCGGGUCAGAAGCGGUAGCGACCCCGGGUCAGGGCUCUGAGGUCACGACCCCAGGUCAUGGAGCGCUGCCCUCUAGCGAGCACCCGUACCUGACGCCGUCGCCCGAGUCGCCCGAUCCCUGGUCCUCCUCCUCGUCGCCUCACUCGCAUUCAGACUGGUCUGAUGUAACCACGAGCCCACACGGCGCGCUGCAUACGCACGCCGUGCACCCUCACACACACGCACACACUCACGUUCCAGAGCAGGCUCCUCUGCUGCAGCCGCAGCCCUCGCAGCCAGCGCAGCCGGCGCAACAGCAGCAAGCCUGCAGCAGCGUGUACGCGUAAUAAUGCCGAGGAACUGCUCGUCGCUGUGUCUUAACCCAACUGUGGUGUUUAUAUGCAAUUUAACUUCAUAAAUGGAGCUUUAUCAGCAUAAAUCUAUCUCCUGGAUCUUUAAGAGAUGCACAUUCUCUCUCUCUCUCUCUCUCUCUCUCUCUCUCUCAUACACACUGCUCUGUCUUUUAUUUUAUACACUAUGCAGAUAGUCACCUACCAGCGGUGUUUAUAUGCAAUCGGUAACCCUCUUCUAUCCGACGAUGUGGAUAUGAAGCGUUCUCCUGAUGCUCGGGACUGACAAAGUCUUCAAAACCCUGUUUACACUUGCUCACGUCGUAGGUCUUGGAUCUGGAUAUGGAUCGGAUCACGGAAAGAUGUCGUGUAGUCAAAUACGCGUCUCCAGGUAGCCAUGCUUCCAGCUACGUUAUGCCGGUGGGGCUUGCUCGGGGGGUGGGGGAUCGGGGGAGAUCAUCAAUUUGCAUGUCGGACCUUUCAUACGGGGAGCAAAUCUAAAUAUCUCAAAGGCGUUUCUACGAAGACAAUCCGUGUGCACGGCCAUACGUUUCUAUCUAUAGCGUCCCCGUCCUUUAGACGCGUGAGACGAGUGUAACAACGGCGCAACCGGAGGACUGCCGAUGAAUUACGUCAGCGAAUCAGCCGUUUCUCGGAGUGUCUGUGGACAAUCAUUAAAACAAAAAAAAAAAGUGAGCGCAAAGACGAUGAGCUGGACUUAAGCGUUUCCACUUGUCGGCCAUUUUUUUUUCUCUUCUUUAAAACCUUGAAGGAAAUCUGAUCUUAAAUAAAGUGCAACCACUCUGUUUUCCUGCUCUGUUUUUUUUUAUUUUAUUAUUUUUUUAAAAUAAAUAUUGCUGUUUCCAAAGCUUAUAUAUCGUUAGUGAUGGACUUACUAACCAUUGUAAUUUUUUUUUUUUUUUUAAUGUAAUGGGUCAUGGUUACAUUUGAGCUAAAACUGCCUUGUGUUGUUGUCGUCGUCGUCGUCGUUGUUUGUUCUACACUGUGCACGUCCAGAACCUGUCUCGCAGUGUCGCUUCUCCUUUGUCUCAGUUACAGCAGGAAUUCUCAGAGCUUCUGUUGUUGCUAGUGUCCUCGUUUUAUUUCGUCGAGUUAUACCCACGGUGUCACGGCGUGGGCUCUGAUUUAACCUCGCCGUGGUCUCUAACGGAGAUGUUGCUUUAUCGUGAUAUGUCGAUGGCCUUGAGGUUGUGAUCCAGUGUAGGAAAAUGACUGCCUUGUGUUUGAAAUGACCGUUCGAUGAUGAUGAUGAUCACUGACUGUGCUCUGUUCGGGAGAAACUGCCAAAUUCGAGUGUGUGUGUGUGUGUGUGUAUUCGGAGAAGGAAAUCCCUUGAUUGCGUUUCUUCACACUAGCAAGCGACGAAUCCACGAGGAAUACCCAAAACCCACCGAGUUGUUUGGUUUGAUCGACAUCGAUAUUUCCCAACCCAGAGAGUAGUAAAGGAGUUAAACUCUCCGUGUCGUGCUGUUGUAGGAAAAUAAUCGACUCCGGGGUGACGUGAUGAAGCGGAGUCACUGUAACCACUCCGAAGAAAUGUUUUAUUCCUCGUACCGUUUUUAUUUAAAGAAUUUGUUGUUUGUUUUUUCUCGUGUUACUGAGGAACCACAAAAACCACGGGGGAAAAAAAAUUCUGUUCUUUCCCCGUUACAGCCCGAGCGCCGACUCCUUCCUUCCUUCCUUCCUUCCUUCCUUCCUUAAACGUCUCCUUACAGAAAACUUCCCCACGUAGGACGAUUGUCCGUCGUACCUGCGAAGUCCCCACGAACGGGCUGUUACUAUAGAGACGAUAUCGCGCAUCAACGAAUAUAACGAGCUAACGAGCACCUUAAUGUAAGUAAAGCUGCGCUACUAUCACAGCCGCUGUUUGUAGAAAAUGAAUUACUCAACACCGCCUUGUGACCAAUCAGAAUCCAGGAAUCAUACAAGUCGUACAAGUAGACUACAUUUAUAUUGAUUGUUGAAAUUAUUGUGAUUUUUAAAAAAAAAAUAGCUAGACAGGCCACGCCCAGAAGCCAGACCUGGAGUGUCAGCGAUUUGCCCGUUGAUGGUGGUGAUCGUAUUGCGGACCGUGUUGAUCCGAGCGUGAGGACGUUGGCGUGAAAUCAGUGUUGCACUUUUUUGUUUCCUUUUUUUUUUUUUAAGUUGAAUCUUACACGGAGGAAAAGAAAAGAGUUAAAAACCUAAAGUUAGUGAUGAGUUUAAACCGUCAGUAAUUAACGCGGUGCGGUAUUUAAUCAGCGGAGGAGCGGAUUCCGACGGCCGUCUUUGAUCUGGUAAAUACUUCAGUCUUAGUUUUUCGCCUUUUUUUCCUCCCACGGAAUAUUGUACAGUACCGAAUAUUGUAAUCGUCGCUCAUAUAUAUUUUUAUCCUGUCGAUUGUUUUGUUUUUUUUUUGUUGUUUUUUUUUUCCCUUUUAGUAACUUUUUUUCAUGUUUUAAAUAAUGUUGCCUUUUUUUUAAUUAUUAUUAUUACGAUCUAUCUAUCUAUCUUUGUGCUCAGCGAUUUAUUAAAAAAAAAAACCCUGCCUUCAAAUUUUUUAGUAUUUUUUAAAAUCUAAAUUUUUUUUUAAAACUUCUUUUGUUUAAGCAGAGCUUUAUAAACCUGAUCGAUACAAUCAUAACUAUGUCGUUGUUUUUUUUUUUGUUUGUUUGUUUUUGUUGUUGUUUGUUUUUUUUUUACUCAUCGUAGCCAUUUAGUGUCCUGAACACCAAAUGACUGAUUUUUUUUUUUUUUUUUUUUUUUUUUUUUUUUUUUUUUUAAAGAACCAAAAGUUGUUUGUUUUUUUUAAAACCGAAGCUGUCUUCUUGGUGAUUUGCAUUGCCGUUUAUCUACAGAUUUUAACAGGUCAUUAUAUCAUCAUUGUAUCACACACUUAUAAUAAGUUCUGGUGUUAAUGGUGAAGAAUGUCAUGUUAUCACACUCGUUCUCUUUUAUGGCACUUAAACCACUGUCUGAUUUCUCUCUCUCUCUUUGUCUCACUCUUUAUCUCUCUCUCUCUCUCUCUCUCUCUCUCUCUCUCUCUCUCUCUCUCUCUCUCUCUCUGCUCGUUGAAUGAUGAUUUUUAUCUGAACUCCGAGAGCAGCACGUGUCCCUGUGGGUAAACAUUGUAUUUUUUUUUAUUUUGUUUAUUUUUAUUUUUAAAAUAUAUAUAUAUAUAUAAGUGCUGUACAUAGAACAUACUUUCCUUUCCUCUGUUCAUCUAAUAGACACCUAUUCUGCUGUUGCUAUAUGAAGCCUUUCAUCUUGUUCGUAGAAGGACUUUUUUUUUUUUUUUUUUUUUCCUCUCGUGUGUGUGUGUGUGUGUGUGUGUGUGUAUACAGAACAAACUUUGUGUAGCUCAAACCAAGCAAACGUGCAGACGAUGCCAAUAAAGAUGAUGAAAUACGCCA